AUGCUUCGAAAAUUAUUCUUUUCAUUUUCUCAAGACAUCGAAAAGGUCAUGGCUGACAAACUCACUUAAGUCUUGAAAGCCACUAAAGUUGAAGUCAUUGAUACAUCUGGAGGAUGUGGUUCUAUGUAUCGAUUGGAAAUUGAAUCUCCUGAGUUUCAAGGCAAAUCAAAAGUGAAAUAACAUUAAAUGGUUGUAGAAGCUUUAAAGGCUGAAUUAGCAGGUGCUCAUGGGUAUUCGAUUAAAACUAACAUCCCCAAGUGAUUCACAUUAUUUGUUUAUAUAAUCAAUUUAAUAUUAACUUAUUGGGUGCA